ACUCAAUAAGCUCAUAUGCACAAAAUUAGCUUCAGAAAAAUGAAGUCUCCCCACUUUUUAGUAUUUCCAUUUCUUUUCGCUGCUUUCCUCUCAUUGUUAUGGGCAACUUCGGCUCAUGCUCAUGAGAGUUUUCUUCAUUGUCUUUCCCUUCGUUCCGAGAACUCCUCUUUCAUUUCUAAAAUCAUCUAUACACAAAAUAAUUCUUCCUAUUCCUCUAUUUUGGAGUUUUCUAUGCAUAAUCUCAGGUUCUCCACUUCAACUAUCCCCAAACCUCAAGUCAUUAUAACUCCAUUUCAUACAUCCCAUGUUCAAGCAACAAUUUACUGUUCAAAAAAACAUGGACUCCAAAUUAGAACUAGAAGUGGUGGUCAUGAUUUUGAAGGUCUAUCUUAUGUCUCUGAAGUUCCAUUUGUCAUAAUUGAUUUGAUUAAUUUUCGAUCAGUUGACAUUGAUGUGGAAAACAAAAUUGCAUGGGUUCAAUCUGGUGUAGUUCUUGGUGAGCUAUAUUACAGAAUUGCAGAAAAAAGUAAAACUCUUGCUUUCCCAGCUGGUAUUUGUCACACUGUAGGACUUGGUGGAUAUUUUAGCGGAGGAGGUUAUGGUUUAUUAUUUCGAAAAUAUGGUCUUGCCGCUGAUAACAUAGUUGAUGCCCAAUUCAUUGACGUUAAUGGACGAAUUCUUGACAGAAAAGCCAUGGGAGAAGAUUUGUUUUGGGCCAUUCGAGGAGGUGGAGGGGGUAGCUUUGGCAUUGUCAUCGCAUGGAAAUUAAAGUUGGUUCCUGUUCCAGCAACUGUGACUGCUUUCAGCAUUAGCAGAACAUCAGAACAAAAUGCAAUCAAACUUGUCCACCGUUGGCAAUAUAUUGCACACAAGCUUCCUGACGAAACAUUCUCCUUGGUUGUCUUAAGUAGUGUGAAUUCUAGUCAAGAUGGGAAAAAGACGAUUUUAGCUUCCUUUAGGUUAUUCUUUCUCGGUGGCGUUGAUGAGCUUGUUCCAUUGAUGCAAGAGAGAUUUCCAGAGCUUGGACUAGUAAAGGAAGAUUGCACUGAAAUGAGUUGGAUUGAAUCUAUUCUAUACUUCGGUCAAAUUCAAAAUAAAUCCUUAGAUAUUUUACUUGAUAGGACUUUCCAAAGUCCUCUCAUUAGUCCAGCCUUCAAAGCAAAGUCUGAUUAUGUAAAGGAACCUAUUCCUGAAAUUGCGUUAGAAGGGCUAUGGUCAAAGCUUUAUGAGGAGGAAGCAAAAUCUGCCGGUCUAGUUUUUGUGGCUUAUGGGGGGAUAAUGGAUGAGAUUCCAGAGACUGCAACUCCAUUUCCGCAUAGAGCUGGCAACUUAUACAAAAUCUUAUAUACCGUAGGUUGGCAAAAAGAAGACAACAAAAGUUCCCAGAAGUACAUAAGUUGGAUUAGGAGAGUUUACAGCUAUAUGAGCUCCUUUGUUUCACAAUCACCACGAGAGGCAUACAUCAAUUAUAGAGAUCUUGACAUUGGAAUUAACAGUAAAGGUAACACCAGUUAUGCACAAGCAAGUAUUUGGGGUCAUAAAUAUUUUAAGAAUAACUUUGAUAAGUUGUUGCGGGUGAAGACAAUGAUUGAUCCAAAAAAUUUCUUUAGACACGAACAAAGUAUCCCUCCGCUUUUGUCCGGGUGGAAGAAGAGAGGCAAGUAGAGUAUAUAUAACUUUGGUGGACACUUUUACUUAAAAAGCACACAAUAAAUGAUUUCGAUGGAAAUUAUAGUGCUAGAUAAAAUGUUUGAUUAGUUCUUUGUUACCAGUUCUGGCUGGAAUAAUGUAUGAGUGGUAUGCAUAGCCUGAUAAAAAACAUACCAUUAAUUACCUUUAGUUGAAACAAGUUAAUGUGUGUUGACAAUAAUAAAUUUUAGCCUUUCUUUCUCUAGAUUUCAUUAUUA